UAAAUAUAAAGCGUAAAUAACAACCGAUUCUAACCAAAGAACAAUAAAGUUCGGCUAUUUGUUAAUUAAGACAACAGCGUUAUCGAUAGAUAAAUUAUUAAUUAUAUCAAUAAUAAUAACUUUAACAAGUUAAUAAUGAUACUCAAUGAAUGAAAAUAAACCGAUAAAUCGAGGGUUAUGGACGAUACUGAACAAUCUGUGAGCAAUAAAAAUGAAAUACUUAGUCAAUCUUACUCCCAAGGACUUCAGAGAAUUGGUUGUAAAGACAAUGACAUAGGAAGUUUCGUAUUACCCCAAAAUAUAAUUCGCAUACGCGAAAAUCAAUGGGACGAAUUUUUCGAUAAAUAUAACAAAAGAUUAGAUGAAGACUUGGAGAUUGACAUGAGAACGGACUACGAUGAGGCUGCAGAAAACACUGAUGAGAGUGAAUUUGAUCUGUCACAAUCUGACUCAGAUGCUGACGAAGUCGAAGAAGAGGAAGAACAAGAGGGUGACGAUGAGGAAGAUGACGAGGAAGAUGAAGACGGUGACGAGGCCGAAGAAUAUUUUGAAAAAAACCGAGCGCCGCUCAGAAAAUCUCCGAGUUUAAUUCAGUACUGGAUUGACACCGGGCGCCCCCCGAUUCUGAUGACUGAAGAUCUAGACGAAGCUAAUAUUUUGAAUGAAGAUGUUCAGGCAUCUAAGUUGAUUCACUCGAUGGAAGUUGAACCUAAACGUCGGAGUAAUUCUUUGCUAAGUUCUGUUGAUACCGCAGCUUAUAUUCUUUCCAAUACUAAUGUUACUGCUAAAGCUGAAACCAUCGCUAUUGUCGAAGGUGCUAAGUCUCUUGAUUUAAAUAAUACUAAUGUUAAUGCCACUGUGCCAAGUUGUUUAGAUAACGAAAUAAUUAAUUGUGAUAUUCGUGAUAAGAGUCCUGUUAAAAAUAAUCAGGGUCCUAAUAAAAUAAAUCUGAGUCCAACAAUUGAAAAUACGAAUUUGGAUAAAAUAAAUCCAAGUUCACUUGACGGAAAUAAUUUAAAUGUUACUGAUAAUAAUAAAACACUUAUUACUAAGUCACAAUUAAUAUUAAAAUCAGGCGAAUCUGAAAAUAAAGUAAUUAACGACGGCAAUGAUGUUGAUAAAUCAGAGAUUGAUGCAACAGCACAGUGUAGUCCUAAAAUAGCCGACGUUCUUCCAGUUCAUGAUGAUCCAACCAAAGCUAAAGUCAUUGAGUCUUCAAAUAUUUCCAAAGAACAUGACGAUUUAAAUUCACUCAAGUCAUUAAAAUUAACUUGGAAUAAUACGACUGCUACUAAAAAUGUACAUAAUCGUAAGUCAUUGCGUAAAAAAUUGUAUACGCAGCGCAAUUCUCCAGUAAAUGUCUUAUUAACGACUCCGAUAAGUGUAAAGAAUAAUGGGAAUGAUAGCGAUUUAAAUGUUCGUAAUAAUAAUAAUAAUUAUGAUUCGAAUUACAAAGAGGAAAAAAAGAUAUUGAAAAAAUUACAUCCGGCAUUCGCUACACCGAUGACUGAUAAAACUAGUAAGUGUAAACGUAUUAAGCGAGCCAGCUGGGCAAGAAGAAUGAAUCGUUAUUCGAAAAUGAAGACUGACAAGAGUUCGGAUGAAGAAGCUGAGGGUAAUUCUGUUUCGAGAAAUAAUUCUAUUGAUAACAAGGAUUCAGUGGACAAAAUUAAAAGGAAAUCGAAAAAAUUAAAUCGUUAUUCUGUGAGACAAAGCUUGAGACCUAAAGUCUUUAGAAAUUACAGGGAAAUUCUUUCAAAUUCAUCGGGUGAAAUAGAAAAAUUAAUGGAUACAAAAAAGGCGGGAGAAAAAUUAAUUGAUAAAAAAUCAAAGGAAAAAGUUUUAGAGGAAAAUAAAAUAAAAGAGGUAACAAGUAGUGAGAGUAAAAAAGUUGUGGGUAAUAAAGAUAAUAUCGAGGUUUGUAAUCUAUUAGGUGUAUGUAAAAAAUUAACUAUUAAUUUAGAACCAUUGCCGGUUGAAUUUACUGAUAAAUUAAGAAAUAAACAAAUAAGUGAAAUUCAAAAUGUUGAUGAUUCACAAGAGAGUGAUGGGAGUACGAUACUAAUGUAUAAGUGUGUCCGUGAUAGCAAAGAUAACAAUACGGAUACAGAAACAGCUACUGAGGUAAGUCGACAUGAAUCUGAAGAUGACAAAUCACGAGGAUCAGUAUCUAAUCCUGAAAAAUUAAAUAAGCCAUUCAUUCAACGAUGCCUGGGUUCGUUAAGUGAUAAAAAUUUUAAUGUUAGAUUAAAUAUUAAAAAAUUAGAUGAUAAGUUUAUUAAUCGCAAGUUCGAUGAUACUGAUGACGACUCAUCGGAUGUUAGUGAUGAAAAGUUAAAAAAUUGUACAAUCAGCAGUUCGGACAAGUCAUCGAGUAAGACGAAGUGUCCAACGAAAACACGUGUCAUAACUUUCUCAUCUGACGAAGAAGACUUUGUAAAGGUUGCGAGUAAAAAUGCUGAAGAAGAAAAGAAAUUGAUGGUGAAUUCUCCGGAUUCUGCUAAGUCUGAUGCUGUUAAAAACUGUGAUAGUCUUAUUGAUGAUUUAACAUUAGAACCGACAGUAUCAGUGUCGUCGUUGUUGUGUAUACCCACGGAGACAUUAAAAAUAGUUAGUAAUUCAGGUAAUGAAAAUUUGACUUGUCCUGAUGAGUUGGCGCUUGACAAAAAAGGUACAAGACAAUCUGCCAAUACGAAACGGAAAGAACCGGAUGUUAAGUCUAAGGAAAUAGAUUUUGACAGUGAAAAUGAAAAUUUUGUUAAUUUAUCAGAUAGAAAUAGUAAAAGUAAUUUUAAGAAGUCAAGUUUAAAAUUUUCCUCUGGAGAAUCUCUAAUUUCUGAGGAAAUUCCUAAAGGUACACCUAAGAAAUUUGAAAUGUCUAAUGGCAAUAUUGAAGAAACAAUUUUUAAUAUUAAUAAUAAUAAUUAUGAAUCGAGUGUGAGUAUUGGUAAUAAACCAGAAUUAAAUAGAAAUUUAAAUUUAUCACAAAAUAAAGUACAAACAUGUAAAAAUUUGGUAGAUAAAGUUAGUAAUAUUAAUGAUAAUAACAAUAUAUUAAUUAGUGAUGAUAAAAAUAAAAAAACAUCGACAAAACGUUUUAAUGAUUUAGAUGAAUCUGAUUCGUCAAACGAAUUUAUGGCAAGUCCACCUAAAAAAAUCAAAAUAUUAGAUGAUAAAAAUUCAAAAAAUACUCAGGUGCAUUUUGAAAAAAUAACUGAUAAAAAUAUUUUUAAAAAUGAGUCGAAUGAAAAAUCAAAAAAAUUAAAUAAUAAAAUUAAAAAAUCCGAAGUUUCAUCUGCUUUAAAUAAACAAAAAUUAUCUGGUGAUAAAAAUGAUAAUUUAAUAAAAAAUAAUGAAUGUAAAUUAGGAUCACUGACAUCAGUUAAUAAAAUAUUAAAUAAUAAUCGUAGUAGUGCUAAAAAACACGUUUCAUUUGCGAUAAAAAAUUCUGAAAAAAUAUUCAUUACAGAUGAAAGUUCGAAUGAAAGUUUUUUCAAUUCAACUAGACCUAGAAAUACGAGUUUGAAUACGAGUCCAAGUAGUAUUAGUAGUUGUAGUGAUAAAAAGAUAAAUUUAAUAAUAAAUUCGAGUACAGUAAAUGCAUUUGAAGAGAGCGGGUUGAAUAGAAAUAAUUUAAUAUUUACUGCGGGUAUUAAUUCGGAUUCUCAGUCAAAAGUAACUAAAAAAGUUUUUACUACGAAAUUUUAUAGCGACUCUGAAGAUUCGAAUGAUUGAAAAAAUGAAUAACCAGUUGGAGCUAUAAAUUUAAAUUUAAAUAUAAAUGUAAAUUUUUGUAAUUAUAUAAUUAUAAGUUAUUUUUUUAUCAGUAAUUAGAUUGAUUGAGUGGUUUAUAUAUAUAUUUUUUUAUUUGCGGUCAAUAAAAAUUAUAUAAACGUUUGUAAUAAAUACUUUUAAGAACCGAUUUAUAUUUUUGUAUUUCGACGUAUAUUAAAA